AUGAAAACUUUGGAACCAAAUGAAUUCAAGAAAAUAAACAAAUUAUUACAAAAAACAGAAAAUGAUAAAAUUAAAGAACUUUCAACUCAUUUUAAUACAAAUAAAGAAAUCAAUACAACAUUUCAACUUUGGCAAAUAAAAAUUUAA